UCUACUAAGGAAGUUGUGAAAUCCGCAAACACACCCCAUCCCAAAUCUAUCGGUGGGGCUGGCGGAGGCUGAGUCAUUCCUAGGAGUAACUUUAUACCGAUCCUCGCACUCCCGGGUCGGGACAAAGGCAUCUCUCCGAUCCUCCUGCUGUGCGCUUCGUUCGGCCUCGGCCCAAUUCCUCUCUCUGGUUUCCCAAGUCAAAGACAAUAUUAGGGCUAAGCCCGGUAGUGGUGACGACAAGGGAGAGUACGUCCCAGUGGGUUAGGCGUCCCUCCCCCUCGGCCACUCCCGAAAUUCGGCCCGGAGCGCGUACACGGAGGGACCCCCGCGGCCCCGGCCGAGGAAGCCGCAGGUAGGCCUGCACGGGGCGAGCCCGCCCCACAUCUCCCGUAGCCCAGUGGCGCUUCGACUCGAACCGCGAGUCUCCUCAGGGGCUGUCGCGCCAGGGAGGCAGCCGCAGGGCAACACCUGCCGCGGCCGGAUGCGCCAGACUCGCCGGCUCACAAACCUGCUAGCCAGUGGCGUUCGGCCCGGUGGGGACCCGGGCGUUCCCGGCCCACUGUGCCCAGGCUCGCCGAGCGGCUCCGGUGUCAGAUGGGGGAAGGGGCCACGGGCGGCGACGGCACUUACCUGGCAACACCUCCUCCUCCGCCGGCGGCAGCAGCAGAGCCAGCAGCCCCUGGCACCAUCUUCCGCCACCGCCUCGUUGUCGGCGGCGGCUACCAACCGCCCAUCGGGCACCGCCAACCGACAAAACCGCCGGUGUCCCAGGUGCCGGUGGCGGCCCCGAACUCCGGGCGGGAAGGGAGGGGUCGGGGCGGAGGGGGUACGCUGUCAGGCCCCUCGGCUCUGGGUCGGGGGCCGGGGGUCAGGGGGCCGCGGCCAGUCAGAGCCGAGGGGCCGGAACGACUCGGGGACCCCAAGGCAGCGCCGAGGGCUCGGCAGGGCCGCGGACACCGCCGCGGUUGGGUUUGUUAUUGUCGACUCCGUCCCUUCCUCCGCGGAGCAUGCCGGGAAACGGUGGGCGGGGGGAGGGGUGCGCCGGGCUGCCCUGCCGGCGCAGAGACGCGCGCGCAGGUCCGGAAGUCGGCCGGUACCCGGGAAGGGGGGGCGACUCCGCCCAUAGUCGUUGUCAGUAGGCCUGUGACUUGGCUGUCCUCUGGUGACCCGAGGAGAACGCUGGGGCGGCCUGUUGCGGUGCGAGCCGUCGUCCGGGCGCGCAUUGCUCCAAGGUGAUCUUGACCUUCCUUGCUACAGCGAGCUGGCCUGGGCUGGGCCGACUCCACCGAACUUUGGAUUAGCCCCAGGUUAAACAACUUUUCUCUUUGAACCUGUCGCGGAGGAGCGGGGUCCACUGAGGUUCCGUGCGUUCGUCGCCUGCCCGCACACUCGGCCAAAGUCUGUAAGGGGAUGACGAACCUGGCCGUGCCGCUGCCAGGCUAGACUACCCCCACCUCCAUACCCCCGCCGCCAGGACUGCGAGCAGCUGUUAAGUGUCUCGGGUAACUCUGCAAGUGUGGGGCGGCACAAUUUUUCUCAGACCAGGUAAGGCAAAGAAAACAUCCACAAGAGGAGAGAGUUAAGGUUUGGUCGAUUGGAAUGAGGGUGUAAGCGGCAAGACCACCAAUUUUCAGCUCUAUAAAUACUGAAUUUGUUCUCGAGUGGGUUAGCAUGAGCACGCUAAUGGGCGGGAAACAACUUGGGUGGAAUCCUGAAUUUGUGAAGAUGAACACUCACGAGCGAUGACUUGAAGCCACAAGGCUUUGAGUAUUAAAGUGUGGUUAGCAGAAGUUACACGUAGAAUAAUUAUAUAAUACUCUAAAUUCCUGUUGUAUCCAGAUAUAUAUGGUACGAGUCAAAGUUGAGAGGUGCUACCAGUGUCAGAGGCUCUUGAAUUGGGUUUGCAUAAAAAUGAGUAUUAUCACUGUUUUCAAGAGCACCGAAACAAAAAAUACUAUUAGGAAGCGAAGUUUGCAGUCCUUCACUUGUCACGUGGAAACUGACAAAACAAAACAUUGAACUACUGUCAUAGGUUGGAAGAAAUGAUCAGAAGAGAAGGUUCAUACCUUAAAAGUUGACAUCUUCUCCAGAGUGUAAGUGUCCUUAGGUGGCCUUUUAUGUCCUUCAAAUGAAGAUCCUGACCUACGUGAGGGAGAACUGUGGACACAUUAAGGACUCAAUCUGGCUUGGGGUCCAGCCAAUGCUUCCUACUGGCUGGAUGAUCUUCAGCAAGUACCUUACUCUGUGAUUCUGCUUCUUCAACCCUAAAAUGAAAACCAGAGCAGCACUUUGUCAGCAUAGAGUGAAAUAACAUUUGUAAGGAGUUGAAAAAAAUACCUACCAUGUGGUAAGUGCUCAAUCAAUACUGUCUGUUAUUAUUCAUUCUAGAUAUAAUCUCCCCCCUUUUAGCUUUAUGCCCUUGCUCAGGCUAUCACUUUUCCAGGAAUUUUCAGAGGUCACCUGUCAAUAGGCUACCAAUUUUUCGAAAUUCUUUUUCUUGGUCUGCCCAGUUGCAUGUCAUUUCUUUGUUCUGUGAGCCUUCACAGAACCUUCUGUGGUACUUCUACUCUGUCUUUCUGAAGUUAUCUGAGAACUUCUCUCCUUCCCCAUU